CACACCUCCAUCCCGCUGGAAACUCCAUCUAAGGAACGAGCACACUCGUUCUCUAGUUCAUAGACAAUCAGCCCAGAUCCAUCGAACAUGGCCGAUCAACUAACAGAAGAACAGAUUGCAGAGUUCAAGGAGGCGUUCUCCUUAUUCGACAAGGAUGGCGACGGCACCAUCACGACCAAAGAGCUGGGCACCGUGAUGAGGUCGCUGGGACAGAACCCCACAGAGGCGGAGCUGCAGGACAUGAUCAAUGAGGUCGACGCUGACGGCAAUGGCACCAUUGACUUCCCGGAGUUCCUGACCAUGAUGGCCAGAAAAAUGAAGGACACAGACAGUGAGGAGGAGAUCCGUGAAGCCUUCAGGGUAUUCGACAAGGACGGAAAUGGCUACAUCAGCGCAGCAGAACUCCGUCACGUCAUGACAAACCUGGGGGAGAAGUUAACAGACGAGGAGGUAGACGAGAUGAUCAGAGAAGCAGACAUUGACGGAGACGGACAGGUCAACUAUGAAGAGUUUGUACAGAUGAUGACUGCAAAGUGAAGCUCGGCCAACCUGCCUUGUCCCCUUGUAGAAGACGAUAAAAAAAGAUCACAAAAGUUUUACUUACCUCUUGGGGAAAAAAAUUUUCAUUUAUUCAUACUGUUUCUGUAUAGAAAAUAAUUGAAUGUUAAAAUAAAAUAUCCUUCUGUCCAUCUACACAGAGAAAACAAAAAUCUACAAAAAAUAUCUGCAUGAUAUGGUUAGUGACCCCCCCCCCCAAAUAA